AAUGAUGAAUCUCAGAAGACUGACGAGGAGAUCGAACUCGAGUUGGAAGGAGGACAAGAUAAGGAAGAAAGGAAGUCGGAGAAGGGACAAACAGAUGAACAGAAGGUCGCACAUGAUUUGGAUAAAGCGCUCAAAGCCGAAAGGAAUCGCGAAGAAGAAAAACCCAUAACAGCUCAAUCUGCAAAACCGACAACACCCAGCGAGACUACUGGAAUAGCCACGGUGCAAAAAGUUGAAAAAGAUAAAGGAAGACAAACCAUUGAAGUAAAACGAGAUGAAGCAUACAAAGAGAGAGACAUAUUUGAGGACGAGACGGCUUCAGAGGAAGAGGACUCCAAACGAGUGUUGUCUGAUGAAGAAAUGGAGCUUGCCGAGUUGGCUCAAAAUGCGAAGAAUGUUGACGACAAGGAAGGUAAGGAGCCAGUAACAGAAAAGCCCACAAUAUCCACGCCAAAAGAAAUAGUCGUUACGGUGAACAAGAUCCCCAAGGUGACAGCGCAGGUAAUCAAUGAAAAGAGCAAAAUGCCGCUGAGUAAGGAAGUAACGAAGAAAGAAGAAAAGAAACUAAAGGAGGAGCUGCAAAAUGAGCAGGAACAGGAGAAAGCAGCAGCUCAACCCGUGAUUGUAAAAGUAGAGAAGCUCGGGAAUAGGCCUGGUACCAAGCCAAAACAGGAGGAGAAGAAGACGGUCAGUAAAGAAGCUUUACAAGAAGCAGAACUUGAAGACGAGGCGGAAGCAUGAGUGCAACUCCUGGGUGCUUAAAACGUUUGAUGAGAAUUAGCUGUGAUGGUGUUCCUAAGAAAUAGAAUACCGAUAAAAAACGCAUUUUGCAUACUUUUAAAAAUAGUAUUGUUCUUUCUAACAACCGUAGUGAAAGGCUUUCUCAUUUGAGAAUAUAUACCCGUCAGAAAUGGAAAAAAAAAAAACCCGUAGAACAGUUUUGUAAGCGUUCUCUUGCUGCAACCAUAGUGAGAACAGUAAAAGUUUUCUCGUACGAAUAUAAUCCAAUGGUGAGAAUGUUCAUCAAUCAUAAAAAAGCUUUAUCAAAGAUAUAAUGCCUGUUCAAACAGUUUACACACCAUUAAUAAAGUAGUUUUUUUCUCAGUUA